AUGAAUAUCCAGGGUUUGAUCAGCUUAUUAAUAGUGAGCAUUGUUUGCGUCGAAGGUAGAUUAAGAUCCUCGGAAAAGAUUCUUUUCACAGGUGAUAGUUCCAACAUUGGGAUACCUAAGUUAUCUCAUUUAUUUAGAGAGGCAACAGAUUCACGAAGAAAUGAAGAAGUGACCAUUGACACUUCAAAAAUUACUCACAUUAAAGCUGACUACUACUUGAGAGACUUGGGAAUAAUAAAUAGAGAUAUUAUAGCAUCUGAAUGUCGUAUCAACAUGAAUCCAAAGUAUCGUUCAAUUUUGACGCCCUAUUGCGCUCAAGUUCUCACCAACUUACUUCAGUAUAAUGCUAACGAUGUGAUCAGAGUUAAAAUCGAAGAGAGUCUUAUGGCUCUUUUCAAAAGUAAGGAGGACCUUUCCCACUUCCAAUUUUAUGAUUUUGGCUCUAUCCUGGAUCCGAUUGAGUGUUUACUAUCAUACCAAGAAUUUGGUCAAAUCGUACUCAGUAUGAAGUUUGUAGAGGCACAGGUUGAACAAGUACUACGAGUUACUCAAGGUGACACAAUAAAUACUUUCAGUGAUUCCUUUGCACUAACGAUUCCAUUACAUGGAGAACUACAAUGUAAGCUUGGGAAAUCAAAAACUUGUAUUCGAUCUAAUGCUACAUCCAAAGGGUCCACAUAUAAAUUGUUUGAUUCAUAA